CCUUGGCUCCGCCUCUAUCAAGCCUGGCCCCGCCCUCUGCAGGCCCUCCUCCACCCAACAAAGACUCACGGCCUCGGUACGACUGGUUCCAGACGGAUGCAGCCGUUCAUCUGGUGGUUUACGCCAAGAGAAAGAUCCCCAGCUCAGGAUGUGUGACCGUCGACCUCACAGCGGGAGUUCUUCGGCUGGAAGCUCUGCUGGGGAAACUCUCCUACCUGAUACAUUUACGUCUCGCUGACGAAGUUGAAGAAAAUGUUUCAGUCCGCUCUGCUUCCUCCGUGGGGAAGAUCCAGGUCUCCAUUCCCAAAGGAAGCAAAGCUAAAUGGACGAGCCUGGGUCAGCCGCUGGACUCUCACAACACCUUUCUAUGCAAGAAGGACCGAGGGCUCGUCUAUCGGGAAUGUUCGCUGGUGUCUAAAACCCAGGUCAACUACAACACCCGGGUUUUCAGGCUGCAGUUUCCACGAGGGACCGUCAUGCAUGUGCCUGUAGGGAAACACGUCUACCUCAAAGCUGUGGUUGAAGGUCAGCAGCGCCACCAUCUGGCCAAACUAACAGCUUCCUGUUCAGGGCGCCUCUGUGGGGAAGCAGAGUCGUCCUAUAAUGGCAGCGCUGAAGCUUAG